GUGGCGAUGCUGAUGUCACUUCACUUGACUCUGUCGUCUGUGGUCGGCCUCGGUGCACCAGUGGUGUUGCUUGAGCGUAUCGCGCCGGAAGUUGACCUUAGGGUAGGAACGAAUGGGUUUCCGCAAGUUUUUCACUAACGCGACGUCCUCCAAAGUAGGCGCAGUGGAGCUACGAUGUGUUUCACUAUUUACAGGAUGGUGUUGAUUCUACCGGAGCACUCUCAGCGCCCCUACCGCUAUGGCAUGACUCUGCUGUGCAUCGGAGCCAUGUUCAACUGGCUGGGUCUAGCAGAUAACAAUGCUGAGCCUGUCAGAUACAUCGGUGUCACUCUCAUAGCCGCUGGGGCGAUGCUCAUCUGUCUGGCGAUGUGCUUCUGGAUGAAGGCCACGCACGACCCCCAGGUGGCAGCUCUGCAGGCGGAGCAAGAUGCAAUGCACCACAUAGUGACGAUACAUAGAGGAGACUCGACAAUAGAGAAACCCCCGGACUAUGACACGGUGACUGGGGCCGCGCCUCCUAGUUAUGAGGAUGCCAUCAAACUCAACCCCGCACACCUGCUGCAUGACAGCACUAGAGGUGUAGAGGUGGUCUUAAAACCUGAGCAAGAGGGGCAAUCAACCAGCACUGGAUCUUCAACAGAGCCCGUCAUAGUCAGCCACUCAUCUGAGUGUCAAGUAGAUGUCAGCAAAGUGGAGAGUAGCAGUUCUGAUGAGGGCUCCUCCACAGACAACUUUGGAACCAAAGUACUAAGGAUAAGUAGAAAGUUUCUCCAGCGCUCAAGAAGUUCUCAAGAUGUUGAAAGUGAGUGUAGACCUACAGAGACUUCAGACAACACUGCCAAUCAGUCACUCGACGUUGACGUUUCCAUAAGAUGAACCAGACUGAUACUCGGUUCAGUUAAUCCUACCACUGGUCAUAAGUUCAGUGUUCCUUGUGAUAUAGUCAUUAGUCAUAACUUUAGAUGGAAGCCCGGGAGAAAACCUCAUCUAACUGAAUGAUAACACUAUGUCUUCAGUAAAAACAAUUGAGAUUACUGACUUUAGAUUAUCAAACAAUUUUAUAGGCUUUUUUGAAUGUGAGACUAGUUAAAUUAAUUUAAUAGAUAUAUACUGAGACGUAAAACAACAAAUAAUAAUGUAGUGAAGACAAAGAAGAAAAGUAAUAAAAAAUUACAAUGAAGUGUUGACAAUGGAUACCCCCUGAAGAAGAAGAUUUACCUUGAAACCCUUUUUGAAGAAAUUGAGGUUUUAGCCACGGUUAAACUUCUCUGAGACUAUACCUCAAGAUAUAGCCUGACAUUAAUUCAAAACAACAAAAUCUCAAAUCUGUAACCACAAUGUUAUUUUGGAUAUCAGACCAUACAUAUAUGCCAAGAAGACUUGCUUUACUUUCAAGGUUGAUAGCUCUAGUAUUGUUCUAAAAUAUUUUAUAAUUUCCCAAUUGAUAGUGAAGACUCCAGGUUUUAUUUACAAAUUAUUAUUAGACUAAUCCUGAUUCAAACUUAGACAUACAUUAUUUUGAACAAUUUAUGACCAAGGCUGGUAAAACUAAAGAAGGUUUCAAGCUAAAUUCACCUAACUUUUUAAAUAUUUACCCAUCAUAGAAUUAAUUUAUUAAGCCUAGUUGCUAUUGAAAUACAUUUUUGAUUGAUGUUUUAUAACUAUCAAAUUUAGCUUGAAUAGAAACUUACAUGUUUUAUAUAGGCUAACUGUUAGAAGCUUAGAGGGUACUAACAUGCUGAAAGUGGCAAAUACAUCACUUUGUCUCCAGUAAUGUUAUCGUUAUGGAGAACUAGCAGAAAAGGAGAGUGCCCGGGGUUGGUGUAUUGUAAAUUGUUUGAUUAAACAUUCACUUUAGUACAGAUGAAUAAUUGUAAAUUAUUUCAUCUAUGCUAUUAGCAAACCUAUGAAAUGUUAUUCAAAAAAAUGUUGUGUCUUACUUGAUGCAACCAAAGUUAAACACUCUUGUAUCGUAUUUGUAAUCUAAUUGGAAUGUAAAUUUAUGUAGAUAACAAAUAUUUUCUGAUGACAAUUAAAUAUGCAAAUUCUCUUGGUAUGUUUAACUGGUACAAUUUAUAAUAUAUUUUAAGACAUUGACUAUAGCAAAAAUUACAUUACCUUUAUACAUAAUGUAUCAUAAUUAUAUUAAUAUUAUAAUGCUAUCUAAAUUGUAUUAUAAUUUCUUGUUAUAUUAUAAUAUUACUACAUUACCUCUUUAAAACUAGUCAAAAUUUUGAGUAUUCUUCGGGUGGUUUGAAUAGUACAAGAAAGAAUGUGAGUGAGAUCUUGAUGAGUUAACAAUUAUACAGCAAUUUCUAACCAAGGCUAUAUUAGAAUAAUUAUUACUAGUUUUUGGUUCAUUAAAAUUUCAAAAUGUUAUUAAUUUUGGAACUCAACUAUUACUUCUCGUGAAAAAAAUGAGUUUGGUACCUAUUACAUACAUUUCCACAUUUCCAUGUAUUGUCUUGAGCCCAGUAAAGUUACACCGAAAGGGGUCUUAAAAAUUGACAUUUCCAGUUUUGAAAUAUCGGAAUAAUUAUUGGUAUUUGUAAGUCACUUAUAGUAAAUUAAAUUUCACUUAGCCUAUAAGAUAGUGUUGACAUAUGAUAGAUCCCAACCAAUGUAACUACUUUUGUUAGUAUCGGUAAUUCAUAAAAUGUACACCAUUAAAAAAGUUGAUUAUCACUUACAAAAUUAAUUAGGUAGUCUUUCUUCUGCUUUCUUUAAAUAUACUAAAGCUGAAAUGCUGUAACAUUAUCAAAAAUUAAAUAUUUUGGGAGGCAUACAUCAUAUUCUACAUAUACUGUAAAAUACAGUAGAACCAAUUCUAUUCACUAGCUUAUGUUUGAUUGAUUUUGAAAUUAAUUUUUUAGCUGUAAUCAAUUAAGUUAAUAACGUUGCCCUAGUCAGCCAACCACAGCUCAUAAGCUGGGAUAGUGUGGCAUGAGUUUUUCUUGUCAAUUUAGGCUGAGUCUACAAUUAUUCUGUAUUUAAGGUAUUCAUGUACAGAAUACGCUUACACAGUUGGAAAUAAUAAAGUUUUACAUUUUUGGUAUA